AAUUUUGUUUUGGGUGCGUUUUCAAACGUGAUGGCUUGAAAGCAGGCAUACAUUUCAAAGACAGAGCAAAUCAGCGAGGCAAGAAAAGAGAGGGAACCGUCCAGAAAUCAAAAAUCCAAGAAGUGGGUUUUAUACAGUUUUGCCAGGUCUGAAUCCUGGUUGAGAAGCUUGUCAGGAGAGGCAGAGAGACCCAGCUAGGGGCAGUCCUUCUGAAUUCGCUGGAAUUCGCUGUUUGUUGCACAAUUUUGCUGUAGGUUUUUUUUUUUUUUUAAUGGAAGCAACGUUAGAAAACUCUCUGUAUUCCAGCCUUUCGUUCCUACAAAGAGCCAUUUGCAAUUACAACAGCACGCCAUGUGAUUUUCCGUUACAAAGCCCCGUGCACCUUCUAAGGCUCCCUGUAUCUUUGCAUGGAUGCCUGGGGACAACUGUUUGGUUCAAGGGUCUUCUCCUUCUAGGAAGUUGCACGUUCUUCAUAAUUUGGAAGAGUCCAUCUAUGUCGGUUCCCACUCCAAGCGCCUCUUUGUCAUCUCCUGAUUCUCUUUCCUUCCUUCCAGCAGGGUCACUGGUACAAGUUACAUUUAUGGUCCAAAUAUCUCUUGUUUUCUUUGUUCAAAGACCCUUCUGAGACUUUUCUCCUAUGCCACAUUUAGGACUUCAAGAUCUGAUCUUUUACAACGCCAAGGGAUUCUCAAAAUUUGCCUAAAAAGCCAUGUUUCAAAGGCUUCCAGGCUGUUCUCAGUGUCCUUGGAUAUUAUCCAAGUUUAGUUUAGUUGGCAGACUGUACCUUGAGGUCUUAUUGGAGCUCUGCCUUUUAAGAGACUAUAAACCAUUGUUUGCCCCAAGGGGCUGCACAAGACUGACACAAUGGGAAGGCGAUGCAACCUUUGGGGCCACGUGCCACAAGAGAAGGUAUCCAGGUCACUAGGACCAUCCUCCACCAGAACUGCAGUCUGCAACAACCCUCGCAUUCCCCUUUCCACUUAAAGUGCAACUACGAUCUGAAAUUGCUGGCUUCAAGUUUAUCUCAAUCCCGGAUUCUCUUUUUUUCUCCUGCUUACUCCACCAGCCAUAAAAUGGGCACUCUGCAACACCGAGAUGGACUGGACGAUGGGAACGCUUGUCCAGCACUUUACCAUUCAGAAAUAUUAACUGCACACCUGCCUUUGCUUUGCUAAAGCAUCUGCAGAGCAGCGCGCUCAUCGCAACAGGCGAGGCGGUGUCCAGACUUCCAGCUUAAUCCAAGACUGGAGUUUUUGAAGAGUAAAGCUGCCGUGUUUCUGCGCACCUUGAACGCUCAUGCGUUGCUCAUUUUUUACAAAACGUUACGCUCCGGCCAGCAAACAGAGUUAUAUACAAUCUCAGGCCCAAUCUGAAAUUAAUUUGCAACUUUGCUGUUACUGUGGUUUUGUCACGUAAACCGUUACGCACACGUCCCUGUUCAGAUGCCAGACGUCAACAAUCACUUGUUUCUAUUUGCGACAGAGUCGUCCGGUUUAGGGCACAAUCUAAUGCGUUUGCUUCCACGAAAACAUUCACAGAUGAGCUCUCCGAGGGGGCAGAUUUAUCACCUCGUACCUUCCAAGUUUAUUAAGGGGCCGGUUGUCUGAGCUUUCACCCAGAAGUCUUGCUUUGCCGAGGGUCGCGUUUUAUUGCCACAGACGAUGCUGAGACUCCCCUCUCGCCCUUCCUUGGAUCUCUUUCUCCCUGCAGUGGACCCCUGCUGCUAUUUCCCAUGCCAGCACAGUGGUGUGUGCGUCCGGGUUGGCACGGAGGGGUACGAAUGCGACUGUACCCGGACCGGAUACUUUGGCCCCAACUGCAGCUCGCCGGGGUUCUGGAUGUGGGCCUACAACGCCCUGAAGCCGAGUCCGCCGUCCGUCCACUACCUGUUGACCCACUUCCGCUGGCUCUGGAACGUCGUCAACCGGACCUUCCUCCGAGGCGCUUUGAUGCGGCUGGUGUUGACGGUCCGCGCCAACCUGGUCCCCAGCCCGCCCACCUACAGUUCCAGCUACGGAUACCUGAACUGGGAGUCCUACAGCAACUUCAGCUACUUCACUCGCAUCCUCCCGCCGGUUCCGCCCGGCUGCCCCACGCCGAUGGGAGCGAAAGGGCCAGCGCAGCUGCCAGAGGCCGAGCUGGUGGCCGAGCAACUCCUGCUGCGCGAGACCUUCCACCCGGACCCCCGAGGGACAAACCUGAUGUUUGCCUUCUUUGCCCAACACUUCACGCACCAGUUCUUCAAGACGUUUGGCAAGAUGGGCCGCGGAUUCACCAGGGCUCUGGGCCACGGGGUGGAUCUUGGCCACAUUUAUGGGGACAACUUGGAACGCCAGCAUCAGCUGCGCCUCUUCCAGGACGGGAAGCUGAAAUACCAGAUGGUGCAGGGAGAGAUGUAUCCCCCAACAGUGGUGGAAGCCGCCGUGCACAUGAUCUAUCCAGAAGGCACGCCGCCAGAGCAGAAGUUUGCCACGGGCCAGGAGGUGUUUGGCCUGCUCCCGGGCCUCCUGGUGUAUGCCACCCUCUGGCUGCGUGAGCACAACCGCGUCUGCGACCUGCUGAAGCAGGAACACCCCACCUGGGAUGACGAGCAGCUCUUCCAGACCACCAGGCUGAUUUUGACAGGUGAGACGAUCAAAAUUGUCAUUGAGGAAUAUGUCCAGCAUCUCAGCGGCUACCAUCUGCAGCUUACGUUCGACCCAGAACUUCUCUUUGGCAUCCAGUUCCAGUAUCAGAACCGUAUUGCUCUGGAAUUCAACCAGCUGUACCACUGGCACGCCUUAAUGCCGGAUUCCUUCAAACUGCCAGACAGAGAAUACAGUUACGACCAGUUCCUCUUCAACACUACCAUUCUGACCCAGUAUAGCAUAGAGACCCUUGUAGAGGCCUUCUCCAAACAGCGAGCAGGACAGAUCGGUGGGAAGCCAAAUAUCAACAAGAACCUUCUGAAAGUAGCUGUUGCGGUUAUCAAGGAAUCGCGGCUGAUGCGCCUCCAGUCUUUUAACGAGUACCGAAAGAAGUUCCAUCUUAAGCCGUACGAAUCCUUCCAGGAACUCACAGGUGACAAAAACAUGGCUGCCAAGCUGGAAGGUCUGUAUGGAGACAUUGAUGCUGUGGAGUUCUACCCAGGCCUCUUGGUAGAGAAGAUCUACCCCAACGGCAUAUUUGGAGAAAGCAUGGUAGAAAUGGGCGCUCCCUUCUCCUUGAAGGGGCUCUUGGGGAACCCCAUCUGCUCUCCUGAAUACUGGAAGCCCAGCACUUUUGGCGGGGCCACUGGCUUCGAGAUCGUGAACACGGCGAGCUUACAAAAACUGGUGUGCCUCAAUGUGAAGCGGUGUCCCUAUGUGGCUUUCUACGUGCCUGGUCGUGGAGAAGCAUCACCUGAAAGCGCCGAUGGGAAGCAGCAGCCUUCAUCGGAGCUUUAACAAAGCGCUCCUUGGUCUAGUCGUACUCCUCCUUCAGGCUGGAGACCAGGAGUUUAUGAGAGAGUGCGAACGAGAAGGAAAGUGAGUGUGUGCGCGUGCGUGCGUGGAUGUGUGGCCUAUCUUCCUCGCCUUGUGACCUAGCCCCCUCUCCUCACAUGCCGUAAGUGCCUUUGGGGAUCGUGUCCAGAGAGGAGAGGAAAAACCAGCUUAACGGAGUGGAAGGAAUGAGUCUCUGGCAAAUCUCCUUGGCUGCUUUUAGCUCCCUCCCUGCCCUUUUUUGGUGUUGCUUUCACGGCUGCCACGGGGACUUUCAUAUCAGCAAGCAGAGCAGAGUUCUGGAAAGUGAACUGGAGAUGACAAAACCUGCUCUAGGUGAGAGAUUCGGGAAAACAUCUGUCUCUUGGACGGCGCUCAAACUUAUUUAUGCAGGCGUGCAUUUGUGCGAGGUUUCCAGGAGGAAACCGACAAACGUGUGAAGUAGGGUGGGAAAAAGGAGGAGAUGUUCAAAAUAAAUGGAAUCCUGUUUGGUUGUUUGUUGAGCUAAAGCAGUCACAAAUUUGCAUUUUUUUCUCCAGGUUGG